UGAUCAGAAAAGAAACAAAAUGUCGUCGGAGAAGUUUGAGUCACUCGAAGAUGACUUGACAGCCAUAAUCGAUGAUAUCAAAUUCAAAUUGGAAAGAAAACUACCCCAUUAUGUUGGAGAAGAGAAGAAAAGUGCCAUCCGCCAACUUGAACGGAAGCUGGAGGAGACACAUCUUAUUCUCCAGGAGAUGGAAAGUGAGGCAAAGAUUGCUCCAGUGAGCUACAGAACACAGAUGCUGGGGAAGAUCCGGAACUACCGGAGUGAUGUGGAAAGCAUAACCAGAACACUGAAAAAAGGCAGCGGAGGAAGCGGCAGAAGCUCGGACAACUUUGGGUUUGACAGAGAGGAUAGGAUCGAAGCUUCCCAGCGAAGUAAGUUAUUACAAGGUCACCAGUCAUUGCAAAGAACAUCGGAGAGUAUUGCACGAUCACAACAGAUAUCUGCCGAAACUGAUCAGAUUGGUGUGGAGAUCAUAGAUGAACUGGGACAACAGAGAGAAACUCUUGUCAGGACACGAGAGAGGCUAACAGACACGGAUGCCAACUUGGGCAAAAGCAGGAAGAUCCUGAAGGGAAUGGCAAGAAGAUUGAUGACCAACAAGAUGAUUCUUGCAGUGAUAAUUCUGUUCGAGGUUGCAAUACUUGGUGGCCUUGUGUACUGGAAGUUUUUCAGUUGAUCCUGGCUGGUGUUGGGACUUGUCUAGCAGUGAGAUUGACACUAAUACAUGAUUGAGACAACUGGUUGUCACUCUGCAGCCAUCAUCAAGAUGAGACCAGCAGAGAGUGUUGGAAAUUCUGCACAGGAACAAAUCAACUCCAUAUCCCAAUUGCGUAGAUCGAUGCUCAUGCUGUUGGUCACUGGAUUGUCCCAUCCAGACUCGAUUAUUUACAAACCGCCGCCAUAUAGCUGGAAUAUUGCUGAGUGCAGCGUAAAACAACAACCAAUCCAAACCAAACAAAUCAAGUCAAUAAAACAGUUCUGAUUCCCAUCCUUAGCAAAGAAAAAAUACUGAAAAUACUCAGAUCCUUGGUUAGGAUUUCAAUCUGUGGCACACUGUCUAUCUAUGGAAAAUCAAACUGUCUAUCUCCACUGGAUGGACAUUAUAAAGAACAUUGGAUUUCUAUAAGACCAUCAGUAUAUUUUUGGGUUUCUGUUCUCCAACCUCAUGAGGAAAAGCUAAUGUGGGCAGUUGAAAACAAAAGAAAUUGAAAAAUAAUUAAAAUGUUUUCAUUAAUUAUGUAACUUAUUUUAUGAAGUUUUGAAAAGCAGUUCAUUUUGUAAUGAUUGUUUUGGGGGAUAAAAAGUUCAAAUUAAUUAUUCCAUAUACGUGUAUAAUGUGUACCGUCCUCUACACAACUUGUGGAACAAAAGUGUGCACUAUCCACCAGAAAAUAUGGUUGUCUUUAAAUUAAUUUAUGAUGAUUAUCAGGUUGCUUUGAUUUGGAAAUUGAUAGUAAAUAUAGAUGAAUAAAGAUUAAUCUGACCUGUUUUUAUAAGGGUGUAAGGGCAAGAGUAUUUCUUUUUAUCUCAUACAUUUGGACACCAGUGGAAAAUCUGAUAUCAGAAAACUUUUCAUUAUCUCAGUUCGGAAUGAAAAUAGAGGCUGGUGGGAGAUAGGAAACAUAGAACAAUACAUGGACUGCCUAAAUAUUACCAUCCAAAGUAGGAAAAGAUAGUGAUUGACCAUAAUGAUUGUAAAUUAUGACCAAGGGCUUUCAUUAAGAAGGGGGACAACUUAUGUAUUAAGGAACCAUUGUUCAUCACCUUUAUUUAUUUAUCAACAAUUAACAUCACGACUGUAUCUGCGACGUAGCAUCACUUGACAAUGGCAUUGUACAUUUCCACCAUGAAUGGACAAUCUGCCACAAUAGUCCACAAGUAGAGACUUACUGCGGAUCUGGGUCUGGAUCCACAAAGCGUUCAUAACGUUACGACCUAUCAUAUCUCUAUACUAUAUCGUUGGCUUACAAAUGACAUAGUGGUCUCAACCAAACCACUUUAAACAGCAUAAAAUCUGAGAAGAGUUAUUACUAAGGUCAUGUAAUGAUGUAUGUUGGAAGAGUCAGUGAAUCACAAGGUAAGUUUAGUAAUGGUAUUGUUAGAUAUUCAUGGCUUGAGGUAACUCACCGCACAGCUUAGGGUAAGUCUACAGUAAUGUAAAAGAAUAUUGGAGUCGAAUUAUUCCUUCUUAUAUUUAACCGUGGCAGAUCCUAAUGCAAAUGAAAAACAAGCAUGUUAGUCAACUGACAUGCGUUGACAGGAUAAGAAAGUCCCAAGCUGCCUAGCAACAAACGGGUAUUGUCAAAGCUUGUACAAGGCCCCCAAAUAACUGCUGGUUUGGUUGAGAAGUAACAAACUUCCUCUUAAAACUUUCUCACCUUUGUAAUAUGGCAAUAGUUAAUAUUUUGAUGCAGUUAAAUCAUUUUCUAAAUUUACUGAAAUUCUCAAGCACAAGAAUUAUCAGGAGGCAUGAUUAAUUCAGGGCAACUACCGGUAAGUCGAAUAAGGCAUGAGUGCAGUUUUAUUUAAAAGAUGUAUAUAUUGUUUUUAGUAUGCUCAGGUUUCUGUACACUGAUCAUGUACGAACUGUAUUUAUUGUGUUCUGAUGUUUAAUGCCCUGUGUAGCAUGUGUGUAACAGCCAUUGUUUUAGACCUGAACAAAUCAGGUCAUGGAACAGUGACAGAAUGUAUCAUUUGUUGAUGCAGUCUUGAGUGAGUCAUAUCCUAGUGCUGGCUAAAAUGUUUGAUAAUCGGAUAUAUCAUUGAUAGGAAAGAUUACUAAUUAUUAUUGAUAUGAAAAUUGUGACAUCAAUAAUAUCAUACAUUAAAUUUUGUUAUGGAAAAAUGUUUUAAUUUUCUCACACAGUAUACAAAUUUAGGACUUAAUGUAUGGUCUGCUUUAAAAUUAUGUUCAGGAAGUUGUUUUGUUCAUAAUCCAUGCAAAAACAGUGAUGUGAAAUAUAUUCAUUUCUUUCAUAGACUAUUGCUCAAAGUUACGUCUCUGAAAUUUAUCAAUAAUCGAUCGCUAUUCAGUUAACGAUUAUCGAUCUCUAUAUCCAUAGCCAUCCCAAAUCGUGUCAUUUGACAUAUACAAUCUAGAUUUAUUUUCUUUUAACCUCUGAAUUUUACCACUCAUUUUUGAAUUCAGUCAACAAGAUUCAGGUAGGCCAUUCUUAUUUUACAUCAGUAUGUUUUAGUGUUAUGAAUUAAAAAAAGUUGGCUUAUCUGAGAGUCGUGUUACUCAAGGAGUUCUAAAAUUUCCUUUGGGACUACCGAUUUACCAUGACAUAGAUGUGAUGAAAGCAGCUCAGCACAUGUUGUUAAUUAGUCUUGCAUAGGUCAGUGAGAAUGUUGAUAAAAGCUGCUCAUCAAACAACCCAGUUGAUCAUAUGGUUUUAAUUGUUGUUGGUUUAACUGGUCAUAGAACUGAAUUAGAACUGAUAUGUUUCUGAAAUCCUGUCAAGUUUUGAUGGAUUUGAUUCAAUCUCAGGUUCUUGAUCAAGCAUGUCAAAGUUUGAUGGAAUGACCAUUGUUUCAAUUGUCAUAAAUAAAUAUUUAUUUUCUGUA